AUGGCAGACCAACACUUGAUUGUGGCCAAAAUCGUGUCCAUUGUGGUGUUGCUGCUGGUGACCCUGAUCUUCUGCUUUAUUCCCUACCUCCUGGAUCGUUUUUACCACUGGACGAAGCGACCCGAGAGCAAUGCCCGGGAGUUCAAAGUGGUGCUAUGUCUGCUCAACUUUGGCGGUGGUGUGCUCAUAGCCACCACCUUUAUCCAUAUGCUGCCGGAAGUGGUUGAAGUGGUGAAUGCUCUCCAAGAUUGUCGGAUGUUGGUGCCCACUCCCUUCGGUCUGCCGGAGGUUCUGCUCUGUACCGGCUUCUAUCUGAUGUACUGCAUCGAGGAAAUCAUGCAUUUCCUGGUGCGUCGGCGACAGCAGAAGAAGCUUCGAGAAGUGGUGACAAUCAAGGAGGCGGGCGAGGAUUUAGAGGCAGAGGUUGUAGUCCAACCGGUAGAAACGCCCAACGAGCCGAACUGGCUGCGUGGCCUGGGAAUCAUAGUGGCCCUUUCCCUGCACGAACUCUUUGGCGGAAUGGCCAUUGGCCUGGAGAUGAGUGUGAGCACGGUGUGGUUUAUGACCGGAGCUAUCGCUGUCCACAAACUCGUCCUGGCCUUCUGCAUAGGAAUGGAGAUCAUGAUGGCUCACACCCGGUGGGUGAUAGCCGUCAUUUACCUACUGGUCUUCUCCAUAGUAACCCCCAUUGGCGUGGGUAUCGGCAUUGCCGUCAGCGAAUCAGCUUCGGCUAAUCAGCCUAGCACGGUCUCUGGAAUUCUGCAGGGUCUCGCCUGCGGAACUCUGAUCUAUGUGGUAUUUUUUGAAAUUGUGGCCAAAAACCAUGCUGGCAUUCGGGUCCUACUCUCGUCGAUGGUGGGAUUUGUCCUGAUGUUUGGUCUCCAGAUAGCAAUUGGUGAGGCGAAGGGCAAGAGUCAUUUCACAUGCCUUUAG